AUGUGGCCCGUCUCGAUGUCCCCAUCCAUGAAGACGGCGAUGAUCAGCGCAGCUGAGUUUGCUGGUAAGUCAAGUCAUUUUUUGAACAUCCUCUGGUUCGUCACGUGGUUGUCCGUAAAAGCCCUUCGAGGAAUUCGGUCGACUGGCACACGCAGUACGUGGCCAAGCCAGCGCAACCUAUGCAGUGUGAUCAGUUCAUCUAUCGGGGUUGUGUUAUUUCUCCCGAAUACUAUUCGACGUGUCAGUUUGCUAUCCACCGCUUUGAAACAAGCCAAUGAGAAUAUUUUUGUGGAAGAAAAUCAAUUCAUACACUCUUUUUCACCUCCAUAUGUGUGGAACAGCAUACGGCAUGUAACACAAUGCAGUCAUCAUCAUCAUCGAGAGAAUGAUAUUAGUGUUCAACACCGAUGCUUCACUGCCGUACAAACAUGA